CUUUUUGCUCCUUGGUCUGUGUCUGAAAGAGCACUGAGAAACGCCGUGUUUAGGUCGGUGCGUUGAUAACCGAACACGCGGAAAGGAUCAAAAGAUCAUUGGGAGCAGCGAUCGAGGAUGCGCGGCUAAUAUUGUUUCGCCAUUCUAAAUGACAUGGACUCUAAACUAAAGACGAUAGCACUAUGGGCUGGCUUAGGGGCGGGCGUGACAAUGUCGUCAAUCCUGCUUUACUUACUGCUGAAACCGGAGGAAGAGUACGAGGUAAAACGGCGGAAAGUGGAAACGACAAAACAUACCGUAGUGAAGGUUACCGUCCCGAAGGAGGUGGUCGGCGGGGUGAUUGGACGACAAGGCGCCAACAUAAAACGAAUCCAGGAAAAGACGAACACAAAGAUCAGCUUCGACAACCAAGGUACUGGUGAAGAGUGCGACAGAAUUGCUGUGAUUCGUGGCGUGCCAAGUGAUGUGCAAGAUGCAGAAGAGCUACUCAAGGCUUGCAUAGUGGAGCAGUCAAAUGUAGUUACCGAGACUGUGUUCGUGCCUGCAAAGUCUUGUGGCCGCAUUAUCGGAAGGAACGGAGAAACUGUUCGACACAUGUGCCGAGUCUCCUCGGCCAAGAUCCUUGUAGACCGGGCGGGCGGCGAUGACCGUGAACGCAGCAGCAACCUCAAAACGGUCAGCAUCACGGGCACUCGUGAGCAGAUCCGCAUGGCCAUCACCAUGAUCGACGAGAAGCUGGCCGAAGAAGAGGCCUACCAGCAGAAGAUGGCACUCGCAUCGGCCGGGCGGGCAGCACUCUACCGUAACCGUCCCAUGGCCAUCAAGGCCAGUGCAACACCUCUGUCUAAGGAUGAAAAGGAGCCGGAGUUCGUUCAGGAGGAGUUGGUUGCUACUUCGGCCGACGGCUACAUCGAAGUCUACGUAUCAGCACUGGAGAGCCCUCGCUCCUUCUGGGUACAGCUGGUUGGCUCACAGUCCAUUAACUUGGACAAGCUCGUCGAAGACAUGACAAACUACUACUCCCACGUGCCGAACCAGCAGACCCAUGCGCUCGUCUCAGCUGCCGUCGGUGACAUCGUGGCAUCCCGCUUUGCGCAGGACAGCUGCUGGUACCGUGCCCGUGUUGUUGCGAUUGAGGAGAGCGACUACUCGAAGGAUGAAACCACAAUCAAAGUCCACUACGUCGACUUUGGCGAGACGGGCCGGUUCAAGACCAAAGAGCUCUGCACACUUUGCGACGAGUACAGAUAUCUCCCGCUGCAAGCCAUUGAAUGUUCACUAGCUGGCGUCCAGCCACGCGAUGGAACCCAAUGGACCGAAGAGGCUUCGGACCUGUUCGAGAUGCUGUCCCAUGCAGCGCAGUGGAAAGUGAUGAUGGCCAAAGUCGUGAGCAAGGCCAAGAGAGAAGAUGGCUUUCCUGGAUUCAAGUACUCGGUCGACCUCGUCGACACCAAUAACAAAGAGGACGUGAGUGUGGCUUCAGAACUGAUGUCCCAGGGACAUGCGGUGCAAGCUGUCUGAAAGCAUUGGUCUCUUCCUGUUCUUGGCACCAUAGAUUUGGUGCAUCGGGUGAUCACAUCUCUCUCUUGUUGAAGUUCCAGUUUGAAGACUGACAGGGAAUAGAAUGCCGAGGUUCAAUAAGCGUGCUUAUACGGUUACGAUUGUAAGAUUGCGAUUAAGAGCACGCUGAAAAGUGUGCUCACUUAUCUGGGAAAUGGCACGCCAUUUUCACUCUACACGUGAUGAGCAGAGUAAAUGUGUUAUGUCAUAAACAUUGAGAAAACUAAGUUCAACAGCAGUGUUCUUGCUUUUUUUUUGUAAUUUAAAUGAUGCAGAUAUCCUUUAACACGAGUAUUCUUUUGUAGGUGCUUCUGGGCUCAAGUUCCGUACAUGCGUCUUUUGUCAAACGGGACUUCAGCAAGCAAGAUGAUUACGAUGUCGUUUUCGUUGAUUUGUUCAGGGUAUAAGAGUUGCAGGGCGCACUGUUUUCGAGUCGGUUGUAGCCAGCGACUUAAUUUGCCUCGUUGUAAACAGGCUUUGGUAGCAAAGUCAGCUUCAUGUUCAAUAAACACGCACAAUGAAAAGCAAUACGUAGUCCUUCGGCAAUAGCCCAGGACAAUGUGUGUCAUUGUAGGCGAGUGCACCCACUGCAGGCAGGAUUCUUUUGGUUCACCAAGCAUUUUAAUUUUUAGCUGACACUACGCACAUGUGGUACAAUUUCAUUUGGCUCCUUUAUAAUUUUUCAUGCAUACAUUAUGCAGAAGAGUACAUUAAUUAUGAAUAUUGCCAGUGCCAUCUGUUUCAUUUGAAAUUAUGCAGUGGAAGCUUCCGAGCAGGCUGUCAAUCAUGAGACAUACGAGCCUGCUACGCACAUUUUCACUAAAAACGGCCGAAGUUGAGACAUUGAAGUUUAAUGGAGAACUUGUGAUCCGUACUGUACUCUUGUUUGACCAUAUUUUUGAUGAGGUGGGGAAGAUGUUCUUGAGUGAUGCAUAAAAGGCAUGGAAAGCGCACGUAUGUGCCUUUAAGCUUGUGUGCACAUUUCAAGACCAGGUGUUGUGAAGCCUUUUUUUUCCUCCAGACUCCUGCAGUAGAUUCUCACUUUGGUGCUCAUUGUCACUGUAUGCCAGACCACGUUAAUGAAACUUUAACCGUUUGAAGUUUAAUAGCCAUUGUCGUGAAGCCUGUGUAAACACCACUUGAAAAUAAAGAGCAUACGCCUGCCAGCGAUAGAUUACGCUGCUGUGACUUCACCGUUAGGGUGAUGUGCUUCCGAAGUUGCUAGACUAUAAGUACUCGUGUACUUCUGCAGCUCAAUUCUUGGCGUUUUCUUUUUUUUCUGUGUGCCUUUUGGAGCACAUGUUCUUCUGUAUGAUCCAAGUUUUCUGCACAUCUGUGUGCUGCAAACAAUAAUAUGGCCAGAUGUGGAAAUUAGCGAUUCAUGCUCUAUAUUUUUUUUUUUCAAUUUUAACUAGGAGGCAGUUUCUCUUACUAGUGGACAAAUUUAUCUAAGGAAACAUAACUGUUGUGUAUUUGUUCGUACCCCUUAGUUUUGUCGCUUGAUAUUAAACAUGCAGUGGCACGAGAUCGGGUGAGGACGCACAAGUGCAAAGUGUACCUGUCAUCGUCUUUAGCCUUGCUUGUGCUAGACGGUAGAAAGAUGCUUGAAAACUUUGGUGCUCAGUUGUUUUUAUUUGAAGUCUUCACUCUGCACCAUAAAGCAGUGAAUUAUAGCUGCAAAAUAUUGCACUAAGACAGUCUUGUACUCGACGUAAAGCAACCAUUGCAAAUUCUUCACAAAGGGUGCAAAGGGAGUGUUUUAUUUUUGCUUCAACAAGUACCUUGGGCAAUAUCUAGUAAUUCAAAAACCACCUUGUACGAUGUCUAAUCUAUCGGCAACGUGCUCAUUGUGUUCGUACUUUCAGAAAAGGAGCAAUUUUUUUUUCUCUCCAUAUUUUGUCAGGGAAAGGCCAAAGCGUUCUUGCCUUUAUAUUUUCUGGCGAGUUGUUUUGGUUAUACAUUUAUAACGUUCUACCUGCAAAGGGUGUGCAGAUUCAGGGCUUUCAUGUGAAUUCUCCACAUUUGUGUGUGAAAUGCUGAGCAGUUAUAUCUGUCUGUGCUUGUUAUGUAUGUGGUGUAUUCUGUUUAAAUGGCAUUAAAAGAGGUCUCUUACUCAAA